UUAACUGCAAUAAUUUUUUUAAUUUUUUUUAUCUGCAAAUUUUUAUCUUGGCAUUCCGGGGUCUGGUUUUUUCGUUUUGGAUAGAUUGUAAGAUUUUCAGAGAUCAGACCCUUUUCUGUAGAAACUUUUGGAAUGCUCGUGAUUUUUUUGAGUUGAAGAAGCCUCGAAUCGCUCCAAAUGAGCAAGUAUUGAAGGAAUUUCAUGAUCCGAGAUUUUCGAAUCACUAAAGAGGAUGCUGAUUUCAUGGACGUCUUUGUAAUUUUUGUGUAUGUGUUACUUAUUCAAGUAUUUGCCGGCCAUGGAGUUGGGCUAGCCGUGAAAUGCUGAACAGAUGAAAAAUUAGGCCGCGUGUGAUUUUUUGAGGCUCAGGGUUUAAUUUUUAUGGUAUCCGUAAAAUGGCGGUAAAUUGCGCGAAAAAUUGGUCGGAGGGCUUAGUCAAUGCUCAAUGCCGAGUGAAUUGCGUAAAAUUUGGAAAUAUUUUUGAUUGUGCGAUAUUUGGAUAGAUUUUUUUAACUUUUUGAGGAGGUUUAGACGGUUUGGAGCUGCGGUGCUAUUGAUUGUUUAGUAAAUGCAGAGAACAUUUUCACCUAGCGGGUUCAAGAUAAAGGGGUUCAGUGCAACCUUUCCCUGUAUAUCCCAAUCUUGGCAUGAAAUGAGACUUCCUGAUGGAGAAUGGGCGAAAUUAUAAACGUUUAGAGCAGAAUUGGUGGAGUGAUUAGGGUGAAUUCUAACGGGUAGCCGCAUGGCAGAUCUAUCCCGUAAUGGCCCAGUUGAACGGGACAUCGAGCAGGCAAUAACCGCACUGAAAAAAGGGGCAUACUUACUGAAGUAUGGACGAAGGGGGAAGCCAAAGUUCUGUCCUUUCAGGCUUUCUAAUGAUGAGUCUCUUUUGAUAUGGUAUUCAGGUAAGGAGGAGAAGCACCUGAAGCUAAGUCAUGUAACAAGAAUUGUACCUGGGCAACGCACUGCAAUUUUCCAUAGGUAUCCACGGCCUGAAAAGGAGUAUCAAUCAUUUUCACUAUUAUACAACAAUAGAUCUCUUGAUUUGAUAUGUAAGGAUAAAGAAGAAGCAGAAGUUUGGUUUGUUGGACUUAAAGCAUUGAUUUCACGUGGUCACCAUAGGAAAUGGAAAACAGAUUCAAAAAGUGAUGGGGCAGCAUCAUCUGAUGCAAAUAGCCCCAGUACUUACACUCGAAGGAACUCCCCUCUUAGCUCCCCCUUUGGUAGUGCAGAUAGUAUGCAGAAGGAUGGUGGAGAUACCAAUAGGAGUCCAAGUCCAUAUGGGAGUCCUUCUCGACAUGGUUUAGAAAAAGUCUUUUCUGAUGGGAUAUUAUAUGCUGUACCUCCAAAAGGUUUCUUUCAGUCAGACUCUGUUGGUGGCUCUACAUCUCUCAAUUCGAUGUCCUCAGAGGGGGGAUCAGACAGCACUAAUGGACACACAAGAAAUGCAAUGAUAGAUGGUUUUAGGAUUAGUCUUUCCAGUGCUGUAAGUUCAUCAAGCCAAGGUUCAGGUCAAGAUGAUGGCGAUGCAUUGGGAGAUGUCUUUAUAUGGGGAGAAGGCACCGGGGAUGGAGUUCUGGGAGGUGGUUUGCACAGAGUUGGAAAUAUUGCAGAUCCAAAAAUGGAUGCACUUUUACCGAAAGCCUUAGAGUCAGCAGUCGUGCUUGAUGUUCACAAUAUUGCUUGUGGUGGUAGGCAUUCUGCACUUGUUACAAAGCAAGGGGAGGUUUUUUGUUGGGGUGAGGAGUCAGGAGGUCGACUUGGCCAUGGGGUAGAUGCAGAUGUUUCUCAGCCUAAACUUGUCGAUGCUCUUGCCCACACAAACAUUGAACUAGUAGCUUGUGGAGAAUAUCAUACAUGUGCUGUCUCUCUAUCAGGAGAUCUGUACACUUGGGGUGAUGGGACACACAAUUUUGGGCUUUUGGGACAUGGGAAUGAAGUGAGCCACUGGGUACCAAAAAAAGUAAAUGGUCCUUUAGAGGGAAUACAUGUCUCUUCAAUUUCAUGUGGGCCUUGGCACACUGCUAUAGUAACUUCGGCAGGUCAGUUAUUCACAUUUGGGGAUGGAACAUUUGGUGUUUUGGGUCAUGGAGAUCGUAAGAGUGUUUCUUCACCUCGAGAAGUUGAAUCUCUAAAUGGGUUACGGACUGUCAGAGCAGCUUGUGGGGUAUGGCAUACAGCUGCUGUAGUGGAAGUAAUGGCCGGAUCUUCAAGUUCUAGCAACUGCUCAUCUGGUAAGCUAUUUACCUGGGGAGAUGGGGAUAAAGGGCGGCUUGGGCAUGGAGACAGGGAGCCAAGACUUGUUCCAACCUGUGUGGCUGCACUUGUUGAGCCAAAUUUUCGUCAAGUAGCAUGUGGGCAUAGUCUCACAGUGGCUCUCACAACCUCAGGCCAUCUAUAUACAAUGGGCAGUACUGUUUAUGGUCAGUUAGGAAAUCCUCAAGCUGACGGGAAACUUCCAACCCGUGUGGAAGGUAAGAUUCGUAAUGCAUUUGUAGAGGAUAUAGCCUGUGGCGCAUAUCAUGUUGCAGUUUUAACCUCAAAAACAGAAGUGUAUACCUGGGGAAAGGGGGCAAAUGGACGUUUAGGUCAUGGUGAUAUUGAAGACAGGAAUUCUCCCACACUGGUAGAAGCAUUGAAAGAUAAGCAAGUUAAAAGUGUUGUUUGUGGCUAUAGUUUUACAGCAGCUAUCUGCCUUCAUAAGUGGUUAUCAGGGGCUGAUCAUUCCAUGUGUUCUGGUUGCCGGCUUCCAUUUGGUUUUACAAGAAAACGUCACAAUUGUUAUAACUGUGGACUUGUUUUCUGCCAUGCUUGUAGUGCUAAGAAAUCACUCAAGGCUUCUCUUGCUCCAAAUCCUAAUAAGCCUUAUCGUGUGUGUGACAAUUGUUAUAUGAAGUUGAAGAAGGCAAUUGAAGCUGGUUCAAUGUCUCAGAGUUUGGGGACUAGAAGAGGAGGGGCUAAUCAGAAUUUCAAUGACAAUGGAGAGAAACAUGAGAAGUUGGAUGCUAAAACACAGUUACAAUUUUCCAGGUUCUCUAACAUGGAAUCAUUCAAACAAACUGAAAGUAGAUCUUCCUCUAGAAGUAGGAAACUAGAAUUGCAUAGCAGUCGCGUGUCUCCAGUGCCAAAUGGGAAUUUGCAGUUUGGAAACAACAAUCCUCAAAGAUCCAUGAAUCCAGUAUUUGGGUCUUCAAAGAAAGCUUUUUCUGCAUCUGUCCCUGGUUCAAGAAUUGUUUCUCGGGCAACAUCACCAACUUCAAGACGUCCCAGUCCACCUCGUUCUGCGACUCCAAUUCCAACACUUGCAGGCCUAACUUCUCCUAAACUUUUUGUUAAUGAUGCAACAAAGACAAACGAUGCAUUAAGACAAGAAGUUGUUAAGCUGAGGUUGCAGGUGGAAAACAUUACUCGCAAGGCUCAGCUACAAGAAGUUGAGUUGGAACAUAGUGCAAAGAAACUCAAGGAGGCUAUUGCAGUAGCAGGAGAAGAAAGUGCCAAAUGUAAAGCUGCCAAGGAAGUGAUUAAGUCUCUUACUAUGCAGCUGAAGGAAAUGGCAGAAAGAUUACCUGGAGGAACAUAUCGGUACAACAAACCAGGUUCAUUGCCUGCAUAUUCUUCUAACGGUAUAAAUCAUUCUAGUUCCAAUGAUAUUACCGUCUCCCCAGAUUUCAAUGGUGCUCAUUCCCAUGGCUAUCAAUUCAACAGCAUCUCAACCUUUUCAGAUGCAGAUUCCAAUGGUACCAUUAGCCCUGCAGUUGGAAAUGGGUGUUCUAGUAUAAACAAGCAGCGUUCCAUGUCAUUGAACCAGGUUAGAUUGGUUGAUGAUUCAAAUAGUUUAUUUCAAGCUCAAAGUAUUGAUGAAGUACCAAGAUCUGGGAAUAGAGCAAUAGUUGAAAAUGAGCAUGAACAAGAGACAGAGUGGGUUGAGCAAGAUGAGCCUGGUGUCUAUAUAACACUCACAACCUUGCCAGGAGGUGGCAAAGAUCUGAAACGUGUAAGAUUUAGCCGGAAAAGGUUCAGUGAAAAGCAAGCUGAACAGUGGUGGACAGAGAAUCGUGCAAGGGUCUAUGAGCAGUAUAACGUUCGUAUAGCUGACAAAUCAAGGAUGUGUCCUUCAUUGACAUCAGGACGACUAGAAUGUGUUGACAAAGUGUAGGAUGUCUAUAGAAAUGGGUUUUGAUUACUUGCAUUUUGAAGCUAGUUGGGUCAGCCUUCCUUGGGAUUUUUCCUAUAGGGAAAUAUUGGCAAUAUGUUGGCCAUAUUGCUGUUCAGUUAGUGGUGACCUUUGGUUGCCUCAGCUCAAUAUUUUACAUGAGAAAUCUGAUUGUAUUAACAGUCGUGGUAGCAUUGGCAGGAUGAAAUUUGAUCACCAACUAUGAGCUCCAGAGAUGUCUGUAAUUACAGGUGGAAUUUAUCAUUUUGUGAUCGACCAGUCCAUUUUCUUUCACCAUAUAUUUACAUGUCUUCAGACAUUGAUGAGAACAAAAGAUCUACAUGACAUCGAGAGACCUGAUCUGGUGGAAUUCUGUAGUGGACCAUUCACCCUGGACAAGAUAAGUCAGUGUAUUAUAGUUGAAUCACCUCCAAAGUUGUUUAGUUUUUGUCAUUAACAGUAAUAAUACUCAUUCAAAAGGUUGUUGAAAUUCCUGUAUACUCUUAUACAGUAGCUUGCAGUUAUAUCUGUUAGCUACCAUGUAAUUUAAGAGCUGCAGCUGAGGAGCUGUAGGCAUCUGGAAUAUAUUAUUCUUGAAAGCAAAUGUUGUGCUCUGUUGAAUGUGAUAUAAAGAGGACAUCUUGUUCUUUCUUUUCAAAUUCAUAGAUGUGCUCUGUAUCACUGCCGAUAUUUUCAGUUUAUUCCUUUAUUAAAGGAAAGGGUAAGGACACAGUCUUUUACCAGAAGUUGUAAACUUUUUAGUGCUUGUCUUAAUAUGAAGUACAAUCUUAAGUCUC